AUGGAUGACGAGGAAGACUUUUUGAGAGUGCAAGAGGAAGGGUUGAAAACCGACUUCCAGGAUCUUAAAGCCCAAAUUGAGGAGAACGAGAUUAUUCACGGCAUUCCAUCAAAAGGAAUGAGCUCUAUCUACAUUCCACGCGAUCCGGAGCACUUUCGACGCAGGCGCAAGCUUAUUCUACAACGAACUCUGCAAGUUACUUCACCCUUGGAACUGAUUCUUCAGGCAGACCAGAUGGUUGCCGAUCAAGAAACGUGUAAAAAAGGUGAAUAUAAUGCCUCUACAAUCCCUCCUCUUCUACUUCAAUACUUUUUGGAUAGAAUGAGUGAGAUUGUAAGUGCAAAGCAUCUGCUCAUGUUAAGGUGGAAACGCUACUGCUCAAGUACCAUGAAAGUGGAGAAGGUCUAUAAAGACUAUCUCCAUAUAAUCGAGCGGCUAACGGAAGAAUAUCUGGAGUGCAGUUCCAGGGCUCAUCGAUUGUCCGUGACAGACGAAGCCUUGUUAGCUGGGAAUGACAUAGGCCUGGAAGAGGUUGAAUUCGACGAUUUUUUGAUCUAUUGGAGAGCACUUAUUAUAAAGUUACAAUCCCAGACCUACUUCAAUCAGCUCAUUCAACUCAUUAAAUGGUUUCCCUAUGGCCAUCGUGAAGGAUUUAAACAAGAUCUCUCGAAACAACCCUACCACUUAUCUCAUUAUGAAGAGGACGGUGGCAUCCGGCAGAUGCUAAACCUGGUUUUAGAGAAAGGUCCCGCAACCGUCCGUGCUGCACUAGCUAAUGGGGUAAGUAGCAGCACCAGUGAGGAUGGUGGAGAACCACUUGAAGGUGUUGCGGAGGCCCCGCUUUCCACUGUCCCUGUUGCUGUUCCCUCUGUGGCGGAAACUGAGAAAGAUACCGAUACAGACGAGGCUGCGGGAGAAGCAAGUGCAGCUCCUGCUCCUGGUGCACCUAUUAAAAUGAGCAACUCGGAGAGUAACGAUGGUGUGAGUCAAAGAGCAGAGGACUUGUUGGAUCAUACUGGUCGUGCAACCAGCUCACAGGAUGGUGCUGCUUCACCUAUGCCUAACCCUCCCAAAUCAUCUGUUAUUACAUCUACUACUGUCGGUACCACAGCGACAGGAGCUUUAGCGGCACCAGCAGCAGCACUGACAGGAUCAUCUCGCGGAUCUAAAAAACGCGGACAGACAAUGACUGGGGACGUCGAAUUGGGGACGAUCGACCAAGCAUUUCGGUUCUCCGAACACGCACCUCAGCCACCUGGAGUGUUUAUGGCUCAAUUGGGUGGAUCAGGUAUUCCACUGCCUCCUACAACAACGAAUAUUCAGUACGCGGCGAGUGGAGGCGGUCUGGUGAUCAACGAACGAUAUCAUGGUCUACCACUCCAUACAAACGAUCUAGCGAGUAUUCGACCCCAUCUGGCCAUUUUCGUUAAGGCCUAUGGAAUCGAUAUUAAUAUUCAAACGAUCCGUUCUGCAGCGGAUGAGAUGGAGCUUUUUGCAGUGAUAAAUAGAAAUUUUAGGCGAUUAUUUUUGGAACAAGAAGAAAUGUUGACCUUUAAAACUUACGAUGCGACAUCCAAUAGCGCAGAGCGGUGGGGCUUGGACUCGCCUUCCCAUGCAAUGAAAAAACCUGCCAACUGGCUGCCAUUUAUUAAACUAAAGCCAAAGCGAAAUGCUGACUUAGUGAAAACCAUGAUGGAAUUGCGUUGUGCUGGUAAUGUUGACGAGGUUCUUCGAUCCUUGGCUGCCUUUCUGAAGAUUAACAAGCCUGAGCGUGUACAAGAUGCUCUUCGUCACCACGCCAUGUUGGUCCAACAUCCACCAAUCGUUCACGCUGCCUCUGUCGUUAGCCAUCGACAAGGAAUGAGCCUGAGUGAGAUAUUUCGCAAGAUUUUCUCAAGCCCUGAACUCUACGAUGAGACCGCUACAAACGAAACCAAAGCUAACGGGCGAAGUGCCUAUGACUUUAACAGUGCUAUGCAAAUGCUGGGUUUAGAGGAGCAGACUGAUGGAAAAGACGACUCCUCAAGUGUUCAGGGUGGCUACCUAUCCUUCCUUCAUCUGCGACACCUCAAAAUGCGUGAUGUUCAGCGCACCUGUAUUUCAGUGCUGAACUACUUCCGAUCAAUUGAGCGCACGCUAACAAUAAAUGAUCAAGGAUUGUCGCUAGGCGGACGCGGAGCAGAACGAGUGAGUCCUCAGAAUCAUCGAGCAGGACCAGAGCUACCUGGUCAUCAAGGUGGAAGCAAUAAUCUUGUCGGUCAUUCCUACCUCUUCAGCACGCCACGUGAUUUUAGGAUCAAGGAGAGUGAAUUUAUGCAGUUUGCGGAUGUGGAGAAUCAUGACGACUUCUACUAUCACAAAGACUGUCGAAUUCAUGUCCGUGAUCAAGUUGGCUACUGGAUUGUCUACGAUUGUGCAUUAGAUGACUUUAACGAAUUGGAGAGAGAUCUCAUGCUAUUAGCAACUGAUUUCAUCCAAAAGGACAAAGCAAUGCGUUCUGCUUCCAAUUUUAAACGCAAGCAGACGGCUAACGAGACCAACAAGAAUGAAUUUAACAUUGCUAAUUACGCACAUCGAGAGGUAGAUAGAUUUGGUGUGCUUUAUGAUCUCUGGACAAAUGAAUGCGCCUUUCAAGAAGCAAAAAAAGAACUUAUGGAUGUUUACAUGGAAGCCUAUCAACACGUCUGCUCACGAGAAAGCCGUAGGCGACUGGCUCAAGUAAUGGUGGACUUGAUGUUUCAACGGCCCCGGAUUGAACUCAGCAGCACGUACUUUGUGCUGGCCUAUCGCUAUGAGUGUGCCAUUCUUCGACUAAAAACAGCUGUCAUGAAGCAUUGUCUCAAUGCACAGAUUCAACAACAAAGAGAAUAUUUUAUAAAAUUGGGUACUACUAAUUCAGAGGAUGGCUAUCCAAUCCCUUUUGUUGCAAAUAACCCUAUAAGUCCCAAUUCUGAUCAGCCAGCACUAACACCCUGUUACCUGCUGGAGCUGCAACCCUCCUUGGCAAUGGCAGCCAACCUGGCAGAGGCAAUGCAGCAAGCAGUCAAUGUGACUUUUGACAUGCUUAAUCCGACGCGCAUGAUAGAUGAACUGGUGUUGGAGAAACGCUUCUAUGAGGUGCUUCAUUAUGAGGUGCUAAACAUAGAACCACCAGGGCUCUCCUACACGCAGGCUCUUCAAAGAGAUCUCUUUGCUAACUCCUACGUGGAAGACGCCAAACAGAUGUCCAAUCUGUUGCGCGAGCGAUACUUUACCAUCCAGGAUACAAAUACCCGUGGUGACAAGCAACAACGCAAGGCCUUUCUCCUCAACCACUUAGGGCAAAUGCUUGAUGUGGUUGUGUUACGCCACCGUCUAAUAACCUGUCUUUGGGAGACUGAAGUACUGGCCAAGAUCUACUUGCGCACUGCCAUUGAAAUGGGAUAUGAUGAAUUUCACCUCUUCCUCCGACCCCUCCAAUUUGAAGCGGCCAAGUACAAGGAGGGCGUAGAUGAGGCUAAACUACCGCUCUACAUUACCGCCAUUCAGGAUGAUGACUCAGUUGUUGAUAAAUACAUUCCCUCCGCAUUGCCUUUGGCUAUUCACGAGUUAGAUGAAACGCAUGUGGGAAAAUUCUCAUUCCGAGGAAAAGUUACUGUUGCUGAGCUGUGUGAUGAACGAGGAGUGGAAAAUUUGUUGGUAAUUCUCAAGACUCAACUAGCCCAUAAAAAUGCUCUGAUUGCUGCAUUAAUGUUGGCCUUCAAUGCGAUGCCUUCAUUCUACAGUUCAACUCUCAGUGGUCGAGCUAAGAAAGGUCGAGCUACCGAUCAGGAGGGCACUUCCUUAGCCGAAUAUACAGGCUUCUCAGGUGCUCAAAUGGGUCCGACUCCACUCGCAUUAGAAAGGGCCUUUCACAUGCCAUUUUUGGACUUUCAUCCGGAAGCAUUCUUCUCCGUUCAAUUAGAAAAAACCGCAUGUAGAGAUCGCGUAAUGAAUCUCUUUGCACGCAAAACUGAGGCUGCAGCAAAAGUUAAGAAUCGUGCAAAGAAUUCAUCAGCUGAGAGUGAAAAACUAAAGAGGGAUCUCAUCUCCCAGUUUUGUGAUGACUACAGUCGACGAGCUCAACAGACUGCUCUGCGUGGCCAAAUUAUUGCCCUCUAUACCUCUCUCAUUACGGUGCUUAGAAAAGUUCCAAAUAUUUGUGAAGAGUUCUUUACCAUCGGUACUAUGUACGAGAAGAAAGGCCUUGAUGAUGACGCUGAGAUGGCCAAGAUGGAUCCUCGCAAACUGCGUAAACGCGUACGUCGUGUACUUUCACUGGACGGAACACGAUUCUACAACCUAUGGUUCAUCCCUCACUUUCUUGAGGUGCUUUUUGUUUUCCGACAAUUGGACGAUGAGGCGGCCACUCGAGCUCUGCGCUCCAUGUGUAGGGUGGCCGGUGCACUGCACGACAUUGUCCAUUACCUUGUAGCAUUUGCUAGACUCGGCAUCAACGCUUCGAGGCUUUCUACUGAGCAAAGAGAUCAAAUACAUGCUAUGGCUAGUAAGACUGUGAAAACUAUGGUUCAUGAACUGCAUCCUACCUCUUCGAUGGAAUACGCCAAUCGCUUAGCAGCUAACGCUGCUGCAAACAGUCCAACUGCAGAAUUAGUGGUUGCAGGCACAACGGAGUAUCUAGCCGAGAUAAAUGAACAACCGGCGGCCAUGGUGACCCCAGAAGGUCUCACUUUGCCCAAUGGACAGAGCCUCCUUAUUGAUCAGGCCGUAGAGGAAAUUAGCUCGUUUGAUGGAGGUCCUAUGUCAAAUCUGGCUCAAGAAUUGCGUGAAAUUCAGACCCAAAUUAAUAUGUUGCCUGAUCCACAAGACCCAGAUCAAGUGGUGAACCUCUUGAAUGCCCGUCGCGAGUACAUGUUCCUCCUCUUGGAUGUAUGUCUAUCCAGCGUACUCAAUGAGACUUUCCUAGCCACUGGCAAUGAGGAGGCUUACCGUGAAUUGGUGGAUGGAAGUCGAUUCCCUCUCGGUGAGAUGAGCAAUCGAUGUCAACCGAGUUUGGAGGCCCUUGAGAUGCCCGUGCCCGAACCGCUAGAGCCACAAGAUGAAAGGGCUCGUAAGCUUUAUCCUUGGCUGUCAUUUCUCAACUCCUCUGGUCCUUUCACCAUUCAGUAUCCUCGGUGGACACGAAUUGAGUAUAACAUUCGUCUCUGUAUGGCGGGUCUGAGACAUGUGGACAAACCAACUGUUCACGGUGAAAUAUUGUCAUUGGUGCUAGCUUUGGAAGAUGUUCUUGAGACCGGAGACGUAUUAGAAGCCGCAGCAGGUCAGCCGUUGCCCGUUGAAGAAUAUGAGAAUUUGCACUACCUCCUUGGGCGUCGUUUUCGCAACAAGCGAAAAGAUGGCACACAGUCGGCUCCCGUUGCCAACGUAACUGCACCAUCUGGAGGUGGUGGUGGUGGUGGUGGUGGAGGCGCUAGUUUAGGCGGAGCACGAAUUGGCGGUGUUGUCGAUGAAACCGAGGCCAAGGAAGACGAACCGGGUCAAUCUCCUGCAGUCGCCUCGCGUCCAACACGCACUGAGAGUGCAACUAAUGCAGAAGUCAAGUUAAGCAUUGUGGAAACACCGAUGGCAGCUUACGCUCUCAUCAAGAAAUAUCUCAUUCUUCGUAAGCGUGUUGAGCUGAUGAAACGAGAGUGGGGAAAACGUCGUUUGGGUCUCGAGAAUAUUGAUACUGCUCUUAGCUUUAAACAAUUUACUCAAGUCUACCGUCGUGAACGCCUCUUUCCCCUCCUUCGAAGCCUGUCGAUCCAGUAUAAACAGCCUGAGAUUUUCGCGCUCGGACCUUUUCAAGAGACUGAUGUUCAAAUCUCACCUAAGGGUAUUCCAGAGAUGGUGCUUCUGCAACGACAGCUGGUCAAAUUGAUUGAGGCUUUUGAAAACUACAUGAUUGGGGACAUCAGAAAGAUGUUAGUGAGACAAAUUGACCUCGUUAUAAAAGAGAGAAAUCGAGAAGAGGGCAACCUCCCUUUAGACUUGUGGAAAAAACCGGCAAUGAAAGAGUCCUUGACAGUACAACGGCCUGCGUUGGUAGAUGAAGUUCUUGGAAACCUUCUGGACGGGGGACGUGAGGACACGGUGAAGAAGACCAUGACAUUUGAUACGGAGCAUCUGAACAAAUUUAUUCAAAAUGUAACUAUCGGUGUGAUGCGAAUGCAAAGAGAGGCCUACGAAAACUACGCCAUGUACUAUGAGAACCUGCUCAAAAACCAGCACAUGCUACUCUACGCCAGGGAGCGUGAGGUGGCGAGUCUACGUGAACAGUUGAGACAGAAGGAGUUGGAGACAGAGGUCAAUGUUCAAUUCCAAAUGUCUGAACAAGCACACAACCUCCUUUUGGAGGUGACUGCUCUGCGUGCUAAGUUGGCUGAGAAUUCUGAUCAGACAGUACGAUCGGAGGCGAAAGUGCGUGAUCAGGUGCGUCGAGAGUUCAGCACUGCAAUGCGCAAGCUAUUCGCUCUCAGCUUUGAGCAGAAGGCACGCAUCGACGAGUAUCGCACCCAUCUACAUGCAGUUACAUUGAAACGCAUCUCGGAGGUGCGUGAUGAGGCUGCCGUGGAAAUGGAGCGCAUCAAGGAGAAGAGCGGAGCCAAAAGCUCUGCUGAGGACGAGUUAGCAGAGAGGAAUCUACGAUUGUCUCGAGAGAUUAACAAUAUUCAUCAGAAGAAUAUUCACCUUCAACAGAUGGUCUCCAGAUUGAAGUCGAUGAGCACCUGGAAGGAGAACACACUUCAUUGUGUCUUUGAAAAACAGCUGAAAGCGGUUGAGGAUCAGCGGAAUAAGAGCAUGACCCAGAUCAACCGCUUGGCUAUGCUAUCCGAGCAGCGUGUGCGAAACCUCUCUGAGGAGAUGACCAAACUUCGUGAGAAUCUGAGCUCAACCCAUAAAGAGCUGGACGAUCUUCGACGUCAGUUAGAUAAGGAGUUGAAAGAUAAAGUGGAAAAGCGAAAUAUCGCCGAACGCAAGGCGGCAACUGACAAACAGAUCGCCAACAUUAAACAAAUGCACAUUGAAAAGUUGCUGGGGGAUAUUGAAGGGAAGAACGGGCAGAUAGCCGAGUUGAAUGAGCAGUUGGCAGUGCACGAGAAGACAAAACGUCAAGUCAUUGAAAAGGCUAUGCGUGACAUUGAAAAUCUGAAGAAGCGGCUGGCUGAUGAGCGCAAGCUCAAGAAGAUUGCCAUACACAAAGUUGAUGAUCUGCUUUCUCAGGUCUAUGAGUAUGAGACGGCAUUCGCCAUCAAUCAGACACCUGCUCAAACAGGGAAUACUACGAUUGUCGCUACACACAUCGGCGGCACUGAUCAGAAAAGCAGUACUGGAGCCAAAUUUGGCAGCAUAAAAUCGGCUUGCAGGAAAUAUAGAUCUUCUGUCACCGCAGUAAUGGUUCCACGACUUCAGCAACACAUGGCGCAUGAGAUUCUCAACGAACAACCACCAGCAACGCACGAAGAGGUUGCAGAGGCACUGAAUCAGGAGGAUAAGCGAAAGUUCAACAUUUAG